CUGGGCCCCGCGUCUCUCCCCAUGGCCGGGCGGCUCGUGCUGUGGCUGCUGCUCGGGCUGGGCCCGGCGGGCGGCGCCCACAUCAAGAAGGCGGAGGCGGAGGCGGAGGCCCCGCGCUACCUGCACGCGGCCGAGCUGGGCGCGGCGCUGCGCGCGCUGGCCGAGGGGGCCCCGCCGGGCCUGGCCCGGCUCUUCAGCAUCGGGCAGUCGGUGGAGGGGCGGCCGCUGUGGGUGCUGCGCCUGACGGCGGGGCUGGAGCCGGGGGCGGGCCCGGGCGGGGCCCCGAUCCCCGGCCGCCCGCAGGUCAAGCUGGUGGGGAACAUGCACGGCGACGAGCCGCUGGGCCGGCCGCUGCUGCUGCGCCUGGCCCGGGAGCUGCUGUCCGCCUGGGCCCGCGGGGACGCCCGCGCCGGCCGCCUGCUCAACGCCACCGACCUCUACCUGCUGCCCAGCCUCAACCCCGACGGCUUCGAGCGGGCCCGCGAGGGCGACUGCGGCGGCUCGGCCCCGGGCGGCCGCGAGAACAGCCGCGGCAAGGACCUGAACCGCAGCUUCCCCGACCAGUUCGGGGCGGCCCAGCCCGACCUGGGGCCCGUGCCCGAGGUGCGGGCCCUGAUCGCCUGGAUGCAGCGCAACAAUUUUGUGCUCUCUGGGAACUUGCACGGGGGCUCUGUGGUUGCGAGCUAUCCCUAUGAUGACUCUCCUAUGCACGAGCCCAGUGGAAUCUAUAGCAAAUCAGCUGAUGAUGAAGUGUUUAAAUACUUGGCAAAAGCCUACGCUUCGAACCACCCGAUAAUGAAAACUGGCACCCCAAACUGCCCGGGGGAGCAGUUUGAGACAUUCAAGGAUGGCAUCACUAAUGGAGCUCAUUGGUAUGACGUCGAAGGGGGGAUGCAGGAUUACAACUACGUUUGGGCCAACUGCUUUGAGAUCACCUUGGAGCUGUCCUGCUGCAAGUACCCAAUGGCGUCCCAGCUUCAGCAGGAAUGGGAGAAUAACCGGGAAUCUCUCCUCACCUUCAUUGAGAAGGUCCACAUGGGAGUAAAAGGGUUUGUCAGGGAUUCGGUCACGGGGUCUGGCCUGGCAAACGCGACCAUUGCUGUUGCUGGCAUCGAUCAUAACAUCACAGCGGGCAGAUUUGGUGACUACCACAGACUACUCGUGCCUGGAACCUAUAACAUCACAGCAGCUGUCAUGGGUUAUGUGCCAAUGACUGUAGAGAACAUUGAGGUGAAAGAAGGGGCUGCAACUGGGGUAGACUUCUCCCUGCAACCUGCUGUCCUGGUACCUGUUCCUGACCCUACGCCGGCUGCCGCCACUCCUUCCCCAGGCUCUGCUAUUAAUGCCACUGCCACAGCGAGGGCAGCAAGCCCGACUUCUCUCCACCAGCCGCUCCAGCCUGAGGACUUUCGCCACCACCACUUCCCUGACAUGGAGAUCUUCCUGCGGCGGUACGCCAGCGAGUACACCAACAUCACCCGCCUCUACUCGGUGGGCAAGUCAGUGGAACAAAGGGAGCUGUACGUGAUGGAGAUAUCGGACAACCCAGGCAUCCACGAACCAGGUGAACCAGAGUUCAAGUACAUUGGGAAUAUGCAUGGGAAUGAAGUAAUAGGCCGCGAACUGCUUCUGAAUCUCAUCGAUUAUCUCUGCAAGAACUUUGGAACGGAUCCUGAAGUAACAGAGUUGGUCCUUAACACCCGAAUCCAUAUCAUGCCCUCUAUGAACCCUGAUGGCUAUGAAAAAUCCCAAGAAGGAGACAGAAGCAGCACAGUUGGCAGAAACAAUAGUAACAACUAUGACCUGAACCGAAACUUCCCAGACCAGUUCCUCCCAACGACCGACCCGCUGCAGCCAGAGACUCUCGCUGUCAUGAACUGGCUCAGGGCCUUUCCGUUCGUACUCUCGGCAAACUUGCAUGGAGGUUCUUUAGUGGUUAAUUACCCCUUUGAUGAUGAUGAGAAAGGAAUAGCCAUCUACAGUAAAUCACCGGAUGAUGGUGUGUUUCAGCAGCUUGCACUUUCUUAUUCCAAGGAAAAUACUCAGAUGUACCAGGGCAGCCCUUGUAAGGACAUGUACCCCAAUGAGUAUUUCCCCCAUGGCAUCACUAAUGGGGCUCACUGGUAUAAUGUUCAAGGUGGGAUGCAAGAUUGGAACUACUUAAAUACAAACUGUUUUGAAGUGACCAUUGAGUUAGGCUGUGUGAAAUACCCAAAUGCUGAAGACUUGCCAAAAUACUGGGAGGAGAACCACCGAUCUCUGCUCCAGUUCAUAAAACAGGUUCACCAGGGUGUCAAGGGAUUUGUGCUGGACGCCACAUCCAGAAGGGGCAUCUCAAAUGCUACUAUUAGUGUUGCUGACAUCGACCACCCUGUCACCUCUUACAAGGCUGGAGACUACUGGCGCCUGUUGGUUCCGGGGUCGUACAAAAUCACAGCCUCUGCCCGAGGGUACAACCCGCUCACCAGGACUGUGACUGUCGGGGACAGAGGCGCGGUGCAAGUCAACUUCACUCUUUCACGAACAGAUUCCAAAGUUGAGGAGGGAAAGAUCCCGGUCCUCACCAAUGAAGACACUAGUGAUCCCUCUACCAAGGAGUUUGAGACCCUGAUCAAAGACCUCUCUGCUGAGAACGGGUUGGAACUCCUCGUGCUAACCCCUUCCAUGGACGUUUCUCCCUACCGCUACCGUCCAUACAAAGACCUGUCUGACUUUCUUAGAGCCCUCCACUUGAACUACCCUCAGAUCACAAAUCUCACUAACUUGGGUCAUAGCGUUGAGUACCGUCAAAUGUGGUCCCUCGAAAUAUCCAACAAACCCAACCAGUCUGAACCCGAGGAGCCCAAGAUCCGCUUUGUUGCUGGUAUCCAUGGAAAUGCUCCUGUUGGCACAGAACUGCUCCUGGCGUUGGCAGAGUUCCUUUGUGUGAACUACAAAAAGAAUGCAGCCAUCACCAAGCUGAUUGACAGGACAAGAAUUGUGAUUGUGCCGUCCCUAAAUCCAGACGGGCGUGAGACCGCUCAGGAGAGAGACUGCAUAUCCAAGACUGGCCAAACCAAUGCUCAUGGCAAAGAUCUGGACACAGACUUCACAAGCAAUUUCUCCUCCUACUCUGGGAUAGGAGAGCCGGAGACCAAAGCAAUCAUUGAGAACUUGAUCCUGAAGCGAGAUUUCAGCCUCUCUGUUGCACUGGAUGGUGGAUCUCUGCUUGUAACUUACCCAUAUGAUAAACCUGUGCAGACAGUGGAAAAUAAAGAGACUCUGAGACAUUUGGCAACUCUGUAUGCAAACAACCAUCCGUCAAUGCAUCUAGGUCAGCCAGGGUGUAAAAAUGAGUCAGAUAACAUUCCAGGAGGGGUCAUCCGGGGGGCAGAAUGGCACAGUCACCUGGGCAGUAUGAAGGAUUUCAGUGUCACUUUUGGCCAUUGCCCUGAGAUCACAGUGUAUACCAGCUGCUGCUACUUCCCAGGUGCUGCACAGCUCCCUAAUCUGUGGACAGAGAAUAAGAAGUCUCUCCUUAGCAUGCUUGUGGAGGUUCAUAAGGGAGUCCAUGGAUUUGUCCAAGACAAGAGUGGCAAGCCAGUGUCUAAGGCAGUCAUUGUACUCAAUGAAGGUGUGAGAGUGUACACAAAGGAAGGUGGCUAUUUCCAUGUGCUGUUGGCUCCGGGGUUACAUAACAUCAGUGCCACGGCUGAAGGAUAUCAGCAGAAGCAUGUCUUGGUGCAGGUACGCCAUGAUGCCGCCAGCUCCGUGGUGAUCGUGUUUGACAUGGAUAACAGGAUAUUUGGCCUUUCAAGGGAGCUCGUGGUGACUGUAGCAGGUGCCACCAUGUCAGCUUUGGUCCUCACAGCCUGCAUCAUUUGGUGCGUCUGCUCCAUCAAGUCCAACAGGCACAAGGAUGGUUUCCAUCGCCUACGGCAGCACAAUGACGACUACGAGGACGAGAUCCGCAUGAUGUCCACCGGCUCUAAGAAAUCCCUCCUGAGCCACGAAUUCCAGGAUGAGACAGACACUGAAGAAGAAACAUUGUACUCUAGCAAACACUGAGACACCAAGUGGAAAGGAAAGCUCCCUAUGGACAAGCCCUACAAUGGGGGCUGCUCUUAUGCUUCAGAGAUCUGGAACGUUAGCUUGCAGAAUAUGUAAGCUCCAGGGACGUGGGUGGCAGUUCUCAACCUCCUGUGUGUUUUUUUGCUCCAUUCCUACUUAUGCACUUGUCAGCUGAUGUCAGAGGCUGUGAACACUGUCAUGUUUCUAGGUCAGGGGUUGGAGUUCCAUAUAAUGGAAACACGUGGAAGGCAACUUAUUAGUGUGUUCUGGCAUCAAGACUUGCUAGCAGUUUUCUCGACGGUCCAGCCUGGCGCAGGGAAAGUGGAGUAAUUACCAAAUGCCUGGUGGGGUCCAUUGUUCUAAGCUUUAAAGCCAUUAUUUAUCUUUA